ACAUCUUAAACUGAUUCAAUGGUCAAAUAUGUGUCGUCGUUGAAUGGGAAGUGGCUCAAUUAUAUCCACAUUCUCUAUCAUUCCAUGAAAUAAAUGAGCAAUAAAAUAAACUAAUAUCUCCCACCAAUAUAGUUAUUCUCAUUUCACAUAUUUCCAUCCAACUGUGAGCUUGCAAAAAGAAAUCAUAUAGUUACAAAGCAACAUGGCAAACUUGUAUAUUCCCUGGCUUUUCUUAGUUCAAAUCCUAACCCUUGUUGCCAAAUGUAGAGCUAAAGUUCCAGCAGUCAUAGUAUUUGGAGAUUCUUCUGUUGAUUCAGGUAACAACAACUUCAUUCCUACAAUUGCCAGGAGCAACUUCCAGCCUUAUGGUCAAGAUUUUCCGGGAGGCCAGCCCACCGGGCGGUUCUGCAAUGGCCGGAUUCCUCCUGACUUCAUCUCCGAAGGUCUAGGCUGCAAGCCAAUUAUACCUGCCUAUUUAGAUCCAACUUACAACAUCUCAGAUUUUGCCACUGGUGUUUGCUUCGCUUCUGCAGGAACUGGCUAUGAUAAUUCCACUUCUGAUGUUGUACAAGUGAUUCCACUGUGGAAAGAAGUGGAGUACUACAAGGAAUACCAAAAGAAACUAAAAGCCUAUCUUGGAAUUAAGAAGGCAAAGAAGCUACUAAGUGAGGCAUUAUAUUUGAUCAGCAUAGGAACAAAUGACUUCCUUGAAAACUACUUUACACUCCCGAACCGGCAGUCCCAGUUCACCGUGAAACAGUACGAAGAUUUCCUGAUCGAUCUUGCCGCAGAUUUUCUGAAGAAACUAUACGUUCUAGGAGCUCGGAAGAUAUCGCUUGCAGGGCUUCCUCCAAUGGGGUGUUUGCCAUUGGAGAGGGCCACAAAUAUUAUGGGGCAAAAUUCAUGUGUGGAGGAACGCAACAACUUAGCUUUGGAGUUUAAUGGCAAGUUGCAGGGUUUGGUGGCAAAGCUGAAUGAGGAGCUUCCAGGGCUUGAUUUGACGUUUUCAGAUGUUUAUUACAUUUUCUUGCAAAUCAUAAAAAGGCCUUCUGCAUUUGGAUUGGAGGAAGCAAGAGUGGGAUGCUGCGGCUCAGGAACGUUUGAGAUGAGUUUCCUCUGCGGUCAGUUCAAUCCAUUUACCUGUGAGGAUGCAAAUAAAUACGUGUUUUGGGAUGCCUUCCAUCCUUCUGAGAAAACCAAUCGAAUAAUCUCAGAAUAUGCACUCAAAACUUCUCUAGCAAAGUUCCUUUAAUUUGAUGUUUGUUCUAAGUGUAAUUUAUAUAAAUAAGGCAAGCACAUUGCUGACUUGAAGCCAAA